AUGUCUCUUGACACCCUCGGGCUGUUCAAUGUCAAAGGCCGCGUUGCGCUGGUCACCGGCGGAAGCAGUGGCAUAGGGCUCAUGAUCUCUAGGGGCCUGGUAUCAAACGGGGCAAAAGUAUAUCUAGUCGCUCUCCUCAGCGACCCCAUAUCAGAAACCGUCCGCGAGCUGAAUGAAUUAGGUCGCUUCGGUGGAAGCGCAGAAGGAAUCGCCUGCGACGUCUCAUCCAAAGGCGCAAUAAAGCACCUCGCCGAAACAAUCUCGUCCAAAGAGCCAGCUCUGGACAUGCUCAUCUCCAACGCCGGAAUCCGGCGCGAUCCCUCUCGACCAUGCGACGUCCUCACUGCACCACUGGCGGAACUCCAGGCCUCGAUGUGGUCCAUUGAUGGUAAGGACUGGGAGGAUACGUUCCGGGUGAACACCACCGCGCACUAUUUCCUCAGCGUCGCUUUUCUCCCGCUGCUUGCUGCGGCGGCGGAUCGAAACCUCGACAGUAACGAAGGCAGGAAAGGUCGUGAUGAAGGGCGCGGAGUCGUUGUGGUGACGAGUUCCUGCGCGAGCAUGCAUAAUGCGACGAAUGUAGACUUGACGAGCUAUGCGUCUAGUAAAGCUGCUACGGAUCAUCUGGUUAGGUUGUUGGCGGCCAAGUAUAACCGGUUCUAUGUGCGCGUUGUGGGCAUCAAUCCGGGCUUCGUUCCUAGCAACAUGAACCCUGUGGGCGCGGAGGGGAAUAUCUUCAGCUCGCUGUUCGACAAGGUCCCGGCCAGGCGGGCAGGCAAUGCUGAGGACAUUGCUGGGACGGUUUUGUAUCUGGUUAGCAAGGCUGGAGCAUAUGUCGACGGAAUCUCGCUUUGUGUCGAUGGCGGCCGCAUUUUGUUGGCGAAUGGACAGGAAUGA